AUGCAAGAGGAAGCCGAGAAGGAGGGCUCCAAACUCGAUCAGAUUCUGGAUAGUCUAGAAAUCUUGUUUGCUCGCGUCACUGACAUUGGACUCACACAACAGAAGAUCCGAACUCAGUUGGACCUCAACACGCAAGCGGUCGAUCAGCAUGCGGCCGAACAGCAGAUUAUGGCUAAGCAGAUUGAGGAGACAGGACAGGCGGUGGCCAGGCUGAACCUGCGCAAGCAACACCAACAGAGCAGUCAGUCUUCUGACAGUGAUUCUUCUCUCUCGGAGUCGUCUUCUAGCAGACAGCCUCCACGCCCACGAAACCAAGGUGAGAAUAGCCGCUCUGGUGCUCGCAAUUCCAUACCACGCAAUGUUCUGCCUAAGAUGUUAUGCCCUCGCUUUAAUGGUGAUAAUCCUGUUGUGUGGAGAGAUAAGUGUGUCGAUUACUUUCAGUUGAUGGAUGUACCUCAGCACUUGUGGGUUAAAGUAGCAGCACUUCACUUUGAUGAGCCAGCUGCUCAGUGGUUACAAGCCUAUAAAAAAGAGAAAAAGGACUCUGAUUCUUGGUUAGAGUUUGUGUUAGCUGUGGAGCAGAAAUUUGGUAAACAUGAUUACAGGAAGGCUGUGACUGAUUUACUAGAGUUGAGGCAAACUGGUUCUGUGGAGGAUUAUUUUGUGGCAUUUCAGGCUUUGCAGUUCCAGGUGUGCAUGCACAAUUCUGGCUAUGGGGAAUUAUUCUUUGCUUCACAGUUUGUCAAUGGCUUAAAGGAGGAGAUAAGAUACCUAGUGCAGGCCCAAGUGCCUGAUGAUGUGGAUAGAGCAUUUUUAUUGGCCAAAAUCCAGCAGAAGAUUAUGGACAGAAGCAGGUCCAAAUUACAGAAGACUGGGCUGUCUGGCAGAACUGGGAGCAGCAUGACUAGAGGGGAAUAUAAACCUCAACAACCAAGUGGUACUCUGUGGAGAGAAAGACAACUCAGAGACUACAGGAAAGCUAAUGGGCUAUGUUACUAUUGUGGAGAGAAGUUUGAUCCUGCUCAUGUGGAGGUUUGUGCUAAAAGGACUAAAGCUCAACUGAAUGUCUUAGCUGUGAAUGAUCUGGAUCAAAAUCUGAAUGAUGAGGUCCUGAAUCAGUUGGAGGUAGAGGAUGAUUUAACUGAAGAUUUCCAUCACCUGUCUCUCCAUGCUGUGGCAGGAACGGAAGGGGCUGACUGCAUGCAGAUCAGGUCCCUGGUGAAAAAUAAGGUCAUGCUCAUUUUACUAGACAGUGGCAGUUCCCAUUCUUUUGUGAGCUCUAAUUUUGUAGCUUCUGUUGGUUUGCCAACUGAGAAGACUACAGCUAAGAAAGUGAAGUCAGCCAAUGAGCAAGUGCUGAUCACUGACAAGAGGGUGCCUAACUUGGAGUGGUGGUGUCAGGGACACACUGUCAAAACAGAUAUGAGGGUGUUGGAGUUGGGAACUUAUGAUGCCAUACUUGGGUAUGAUUGGUUGAAGAUACACAGUCCUAUGCAAUGUGAUUGGGAGCACAAUCAUAUCAAGCUUAUAGAUGAAGGAAGGGAGGUUGAAAUUCAGGGAGUUCAGACUGGUCCAGUUACACUGGGAUCUAUGACAACAGAUAAUUUGUGGAAAAGUUCUAAGGGAAAUGAUAUCUGGGCUUUUGCUGUAGUCAACCAUAUACCUGAGGAGUUGCAGGACAUCCCUGAGUCUAUACAGUGGCUGCUACAGCAAUACAGUGAUAUAUUCAGUGAUCCUAAGGUGCUACCACCUGCUAGAGCAUAUGACCACGCUAUUCCCCUUCAACCUGAUGCUGCACCUAUUAAUUGCAGACCAUACAGAUACUCCCCCCAACACAAAACUGAGAUAGAGAAACAAGUUAAGGAGCUCCUUGAGGCUGGAUUGAUCAUACACAGCACUAGUCCCUUUGCCUCCCCGGUGUUGCUGGUAAAAAAGAAGGAUGGUAGUUGGAGAUUUUGUGUAGAUUAUCGAAGACUGAAUUCCAUUACUAUUAAAAACAGAUUUCCAAUGCCAAUUAUUGAGGAAAUUCUUGAUGAAUUAGCAGGAGCUAUGUUCUUCACUAAGCUGGAUAUGAAACCUGGGUAUCAUCAAGAAGUUUGUGUUGGUGUUUCUAGAUGA